CGCUUCGGUCGCGCUCUCGGGACGCUUGGGCUGACGAGGCCGUGCGCCGGGAACAUUCCGCUCGUGGACCAGCCGGACCUGAGCGAUGCUGCGGGUGCGGUGUCUGCGCGGCGGGAGCCGCGGCGCCGAAGCGGUGCACUACAUCGCGUCUCGGCUUGGAAGAACCCUGACAGGAUGGGUGCAGCGAACCUUCCAGAGCACCCAGGCAGCUACAGCUUCCUCCCAGAAUUCCUGUGCAGCUGACGACAAGGCCGCGGAUCCUCUGCCCAAGGACUGCCCUGUCUCCUCUUACAAUGAAUGGGACCCACUGGAGGAAGUGAUAGUGGGCAGAGCAGAGAAUGCCUGCGUUCCACCGUUUACAGUGGAGGUGAAGGCCAACACAUAUGAAAAGUACUGGACAUUUUACCAGAAGAAUGGAGGUCAUUAUUUUCCCAAAGAUCAUUUGAAAAAGGCUGUUAGUGAAAUUGAAGAAAUGUGCAAUAUUUUGAAAAUGGAAGGAGUGACUGUGAAAAGACCUGACCCCAUUGACUGGUCAUUGAAAUACAAAACUCCUGAUUUUGAAUCUACUGGUUUGUAUGGUGCCAUGCCCCGGGACAUCCUGAUAGUUGUGGGAAAUGAGAUUAUUGAGGCUCCUAUGGCGUGGCGUGCACGCUUUUUUGAGUACCGAGCAUACCGAUCAAUUAUCAAAGACUAUUUUCAUCGUGGUGCCAAGUGGACUGCAGCUCCUAAGCCCACAAUGGCUGAUGAGCUGUAUGACCAGGAUUAUCCCAUCCAUUCUGUGGAAGACAGACACAAAUUGGCUGCUCAGGGAAAGUUUGUGACGACUGAGUUUGAGCCAUGCUUUGAUGCUGCUGACUUCAUUCGAGCUGGAAGAGAUAUUUUUGUACAGAGAAGCCAGGUUACAAACUUCCUGGGCAUUGAGUGGAUGCGUCGGCAUCUGGCCCCAGACUAUAGAGUCCAUGUCAUCUCCUUUAAAGAUCCCAAUCCCAUGCACAUCGAUGCCACCUUCAACAUCAUUGGACCUGGUCUCGUGCUUUCUAACCCUGACAGACCGUGUCACCAGAUUGAUCUUUUCAAGAAAGCAGGAUGGACCAUAGUGACCCCUCCCAUACCAGUCAUCCCAGAUGAUCACCCGCUCUGGAUGUCUUCCAAGUGGCUUUCCAUGAACGUCCUGAUGCUGGAUGAGAAGCGCGUUAUGGUGGAUGCCAAUGAAGUCCCUAUCCAAAAGAUGUUUGAAAAGCUGGGCAUCAGUACCAUUAAGGUUAACAUUCGUAACGCCAAUUCCCUGGGAGGAGGCUUCCACUGCUGGACCUGUGAUGUCCGCCGCAGAGGCACACUCCAGUCCUAUUUUGACUGAGCAGGUCUGAAGGGGCUCGUCGCUUGGCCUCAGAUACAGCCAGGAAGCUUAGGAAAAGGGUUCGUUCUACUGCUUUAAAAAGUGCAUGAGCUAGAGUGCUUUAAACAAUCAUAUUCUUAACAGGGGUCUUAAGCCUGGUUUACUUUUAUUACCUUUCUUUGAAAUAAGGAAAAUAACUUCUUCUAGGUAUUACUCUCCACUCCUAAAGUUGUUUGCUAUUUGGCUUCACGUGUAAAAAUUUGGUGAAUGUUUACCAAGACAAAAAUUAGUCACUUGAAUAACUUGGCCACUAAUAUUUAACCAUCUACCUCUGUUUUUAAUUUUCUUUCCAAAAGGCAGCUUGAAAUUUUGGUCCUAAUCUUAAUUUUUUUUUCUUUUUGGAAGACUUAUGUAUGUUUAUAUUAUUUUCUAGAAGAGAGAAAGACUUUGAACAUAAACAGAUCCUAAAUGGAACUAGAUAACUGUCUCUUUUUCUAAUGAAGAAUUUUUAAUUUUUUGUUUUUAAAAAAUAAACCUAGAACAGCAAACACUGAAGUGAAUUUUCCAUGAGUGUUUUUAAUAUUCUAAUCUCAAUACUGUAAUAGUGCAACUAAAAGCAUUUUCAUACUACUUACCUCAUUUCAAGUGAACUAUUUUAAUCUUUUUUCUCUCUUUAUAAAUCUUUACAGAAAUGUUUAGUGCAAUAAGAUGUAACUUUGAGUUUCCAUCCCUAAAUUUCUUUAAUAGAUACAUUGCAUCUUUAGUAAUCUUGUUUACAGAUGUGCGAAUUAUUUUAAAGCAUAGAGUUUAAAAGCAUUAAAAAAAAAAACUAAUGGGGGUAAAACCAACAUGUGAUGUGAAAUAAUUUUAAUGUUGGAUGCUGCACAUGUAUUUUUAUGCUAAUAAAUGUUUGUUUUCCAGAUUGGAUUUUAGCAGAGUUUGGUGUCAGUCUAAUUAUUUUAGUGCAAGUAAUGUAGCUCUUGAGACAACAUUCUAAUUCUCUGAACAUAAUUCAUCACAAAUUUAAACUCAGGGCAGUCACAUAUUGCUUAUCUGUAAUAAUACAUUCUGAAAACUGUC